AGAGAGAGAGAUGGUGAGCUUCUACAACCAAAACAAUGGCUCUUCCCACUCACAAUCCCCUUCUAUUCCUCUCCACCUUUUCUUAUUCAUCGUCACACUACUUCUCUUCAUAACCCUAUCAUGGUAUCUUAACUAUGAGUCUAUAUUGGAGAGCAUGAUAGACCAAAUAAAGCUAUUGCUCGUCGUGUCACCUCUCGUCGUUCUACUCGUCGUUCGCCUGCUAUCGAGUGGCUCCGAAGGGAGGCGAAUGGUUCCCUUCUUUGCAUCGUUGCCGGACGACAGAGAUGCCCUCCAUCGAGCCGGCGGAUCGCCGUGGGGCGUCGGCUUUCUUCUAGUUCUUCUUUUGCUCAUGGUCUCUUAUCAGUCCUAUUUUCAGGAAUUUUUGUUUUUAAAAAAUAAUUAAUAGAUAAUAUUUAUGCAGAUGAUAUGAAUUUUUUGUUUAUUGAAUUCCUCUAUCUCAAAAGCUCUCUCUUUGCUUAUUCAUUCGCAAUAACGGCCGCAUUUUGUUGUGAUGUUA